UGGGGACCAGAUUCCGCACAAACAGUCUGAGCUUGCGCGGUGCUUUCGAAAGGUGUAUCCUGGCUCGAUCAUCGGAGCCGCGGUUGGGCUUUUACUCGUCAACGAGCUUUCGUACUGGAGUGUGCGUGUCUCUAACGAGAAAGAAAAAGAAGGAAGAAAGAGAGAAGUGGAUCUUGUUCGCGUCCGGCCGGGUCGCCACGUACCACUUCUACAAGUAACAGAGACGCCGCAUCAAAAAAUCCUAGAUAUAGAAUCGUCUUGCACGCGAAAAUGUAACGAUCUCAAUAGUGAGGCCAGUUGUCUGGAAAAUUGGCUUAAACAGAAGAAGAGAAAGAGGUGAUAUCUUUUUUCCUGUGUCACACGGCUCGUGAGUGAAGCAUCUUGCAGAGGGGAUCCAUGGCGUGAAACAUCGGCACCGUUCGUUCGUUGAAUUAUUUCUCUACGAAAGCUGAAACUUGAGAAAAAUCAGGAUGCACGCGGUUGGAUUGCAUUCGGCGCUGGCCAUCAAGCGUCAGAGAAAGCGGCGGGACGAGCAGCGUCGUGCCCGCGAGCGGCGCUAUAGCGCGCAAUCGGGCGAGAGCGGUCUCACGUCGCCGAGGGCAUCUACCGGUUCUUUGGAUCAUCAACCGAGGCACCACAAGGCCGGCCACUCGAGUCGCUCGGCCGGUCAGGGUAUGUUGGACUCGAAGGUGGUCACGUCGGUGGGGAUGCUUCACAUAGGCGUCGUUUUCCUCGUUUUCGGCGCAUUCCUCCUAAUGAGCGGCCUUCUGCCGGGCGAUCUCGCCCGUUGGGGCACGAAAGCGUCGGGCGGUUGGUGGAACGAGUUGGUCGCAAUAGGUUUGUUCGCCAUCGUGUUCGGCAUAUUCCUGAUCGUGUUGAACAAAGUGAUCGCCAAGAGGGAGGAGAACGACUUGGAGGAGUACGUGCAGAGGCAGUUGACCAGGUCCAAGUCCGGGCACAGGUUGGAGAGAGACGCGGAGACAGGCGGUUUGACCACGAAACAGGCUAAGAGGGCGAAGCAGAUGCUGCAACAGCAGCAAGAGCAGCAGAUCGACUCGAUCGAGACGCACAACGAGAAGAACCCCGACUCCCCACCCAGAAGCCCCCCACCUGCUUACUCCCCACCUGCGAUGAACGGCGAUCACCAGGCCGUCCAGUCGUCCCUCUACCUCGAACAGAUUACCGAGGAGGAGAUCAUCAGUGAUCGCGUGGAAACCUCGACUACCAACAGCUUGAGCCCCGGCUCGCCAAGCGAGACCAGGGAAUUGUUGCAAAAUCCUCGUUACUCGAAGCAGAAUGGAAAUCCUCAGCAGAUUCAUCGGUCGCUUUACGUGUCCAGGAUUUAGACACUUUGGUGGGAGGGGUAUGGUUGGGAGCCUGGUUUGGCUCGAAUGUUUAAUUAAAAGGAUCACGAGGAUCUACGUACGUAUUGAGAGGGGAAAGGAUCAUCGUGAUGGUUUAUGGAGAUGAUGACGAGGUAUUUCGAAAAAAAAAAAGAAAAAAAGAAGAAGAAAUCGUCCGAUUAAUCGGUUUUCUUUUCGCAACGUGAUUAUCGAUUAUCGGUAAUAUAAGUCGAUAGUUUUUUUUUUUUUUUUAAUUUGUCGAGAUAUCGUUAAGAGAUCUCUCAACAGUAAUAGCCAUUUAAAACGUAAUUUUAUCCGGGGAUUUCGCGUUUAAUUUAACUCUCCAUACGAGUUUCCAAUUAAGAAGGCAGCCCCUCGCAAAAGCGAGGAGAAAGCUGGCUUUAAUUGUUCGCAAAAGAAAACUUGAUUGAAGUGGGACCAAAGUUUCUUUGCAAACGUUAAAUUUCGUUUAAAAUCAAUGCAAAACAAAUGCAAAAAAAUCGUUGAUGAACAGUUUUUCAAAAUUCGAAUAUUGAUUUCGUCAUCGAUUGAUACCGAUGAUCGAUAAAUCAACCAGGUUCGCAUUUAUUUUGAGAGAUCCUAGAUGGCGGAAUCAAAUUCGUCAUGAAGUGAGCAAUUUACUAUCGAGAUCGUGUCGACAAAAGUGUAUAUCCGCGUAGUCGAAUAUUUCCUCUGCGCUAAUUUCGAUCCGAGCCUUUUUAUCUCUUCGAAAGUUUCGUAUUGUCGCAAUAGCCUCUCCGCGUUUUAUUCAUUAUUCUAUUCGAGGAUCGAACUCGACCAAUUUCCUGCGAGGAAAUCCGAUAGAAACGAUAUCGAGUCUCUCUCGUCGAGGGCAACAAGUUCCUUUUGUGCUUGUUACGUUAGGAAAAGUUGGACACCUUCUCCUUGGACACACGAUAGAAAAUCAAUUUCCUCGACGAAUUACACCGGCAUUGUCGAUUAUGAGGGGAACUCGAUCGAGAUCUCGAUAGUUUCAGUACAGAAUCGUGGAAAUAACGACGAUACGCGUGUAUUUCUUUUUUUUUUAACGCUUUGCAAAGUUCAAAAGUGAGUUUAUGCUUGUUAAAUAUCGAGACGAUGAAAAAGAUCGAAGAGGGGGAAAAAAUCGAUCGUAAGAAGAAGCAAAAAACUGAGAGGUCGGUAAAAUUUGUUUGUUGUACUUGAAACAACGAAUUUCAUUGGAUUUGUGAGUUUUAUAUGGUUAAGUGUAAAUUGAUAUUCUCAUCUUGAAGAACGAAAUAAUACAUCGAGCGUAUUAAAAACACGAUAUUGAAUCAACUUGUAGAAGAUUCAUUUCUAUUCUCAUUGCAAUGGAUCACUCGGUAUAACGCAAAGUACAAGCAAGUGUAAACUUACCUUAAGAGUGAAAUCUUCCGUGACGAAAUUUGCGAGUGAUAAGAUCGCGAGUGAAAUGCUGCAAAACUUUUCGUCCAUUAAAGACUUUUCCGAUUAGAAAUGACGAUUUCUUUCUUUCUUUCUUUCUUUUUCUCUCCCCAUCUCUCUUUAUCUCGGGAGAGGAGAAAAACUUUAGAGAAAGUUUAAGAUAAAAGUUUUCUCGACCAAAACCGAUUUAAUCCUCGUUAAGUGUGUAAAGUAAGCGAUCGAUAGAAAAAUCGCUGGAAGAAAUUUUUCGAAUUCUCGUGCCUCGAUACAUCGUGCGUGGAAAUAAUAAUAUCGAGGAUAUUUCAGGAUCGUUCGUCGUGGAUUUACCGCGUGCAAAGGAAGUACGCCUUUUAGGCGAGAAAAUAUAUGUGCUAUAUGUGAGAUAUCAGAAAGUAUUAUUGGAGAGGGAGGAGAGGGGUCGUUGAAAAAGGGGGGGGAAGUUGUUGAAUCGGGUUGAAAAAUGUAAAAAAAGAAAAAAAAAAUCAUGCACUCAAGGACCAAGAUAUAAUUAAUUCGAAGGUAAUAAUUCUCGAAAGUAGACAAUUUUAAGGAAGAUUAUCGCGGGGCAAAUGGCGGAUUCUGGAAUGGAGAGGGAACGUGCGGCAAAAGAGGGGGGGGAGGCGGUACGAUAAUCGUAAUGGCUGAUGAUUUCUCCUCGGUGGAAUAUCAGUGGAAUAAUAUCAAUGGAUCAGAUUCAUCCGGUUAAUCAUAAUCUAUAAUCGAUCGUAAUAUAAUCCGAGAAUUCGAUUUAAUAGACUCGUAAGAAAUAUAUACGAAGGUCUCUUCGACGCCAACAUAUUCAUUACUGUUUAAAAAUUAUGUAAAUUCUUAAGAGGGGGAAAACGGGGCCCCGAUUUUCGGGGGACUUUGAAGGGCCCUUUCCUCUCGGGGCUCUCGAUUUAAUCUUAGCUCGAUUCGUUCGAGGUGAAUAAUGUCCUUUAACGUUUAAGAAAAUUAAGAAAGAAAGUGUCCCGGUAUCGAUAUUGGUCCGAUAUAUCAGUCAUUGUACGUGUAUAUGCAGAUUUAUAUUACACGUGAUUUGACGUGGAAGGAGAAAAAAAAGAUCGUUUCUGCUUCGCAAUUUUUAAUUAAAAAAUUUCUUUACCCGAGUUUCGUUCUUAUCGGGUUUUAUAUAAUCGAAUAAUGGAGUUUUUAACGUGGUUCUAAAUUUAAUAGCAACUUUUUUUUAUCUCGUAUCGUACAAUAUCUUGGUAAUUUUAUUAUUUCAUCAUCUCUCUCUCUCUCUCUCUCUCUCUCUCUCUCUCUCUCUCUCUGUGUCCGAUACGUUUUAUCUUUUUCCACUUGUUCUUCGAAGUAUUUUUCUUGUUCUCUUUCGUAAUAUUUCCAUUUUUAUAAAUACGAAUGAAAUAUGCGUUUCAUCAAAUUUUCUUUUCUUUUUUUUUUUUUUUUUUUCCCCAUUUAUUCAUUUUCUCAAUUUAUCGAAUUCGUAAUACAAUAUGAAUUAAUACGUUCGAUUUUUAUCGUAACUGUGUGUACGAAAAUAAUUAUACAAAUUGUCUUUUUUUUCUUUUUUUUUUAUUAGAUCUCAUGUAAUCAAUUAAUCAAGAAUAAUAAUAAUUAAUGGAUAAUACGAUCUGUCGCUCUUCGAUUUUCGUUUUCUUUAAAAUUGCAUUCCAAUUUCGCAUUCGAUUGCAUUACAACCAAACAUUCCAUUCGAAUUAACUUACAAAGUCUUUAAUAGCUUUAAAUCGUCGAAUUUUACGAUUUACGAUUAAUUACGCGAAAGAAUAAUCGAAUUUGUAGGGAAUUUAAAAUAGAAAUAUAUCUAGUCGAGAGAAAAUAUUUGAUCGUAGAGAAUAUCUUGAAUCUCGAGCAAUUUUUGAUUUUGAAAAGAAUUUAGUCCAGAGAUAAUACGAAUUUUCCAUUUUGCGUUCUAAAAAAAAAAAAAAAAAAAAAAGAAAAAAAUUUUUUUUCCUUUUCCUAAAAAUGUCAGUCGCUUAAGGCCACUAAAGAAGACGCUUUUUCCAUCACGUUAUUUACUAUCUACUUAUUUACUUGUCUCUCCUCUACGCCUUAUGAGGAUUUAAGAAACGAGAUUUCGCCUUAAAAAGCGACUAAGGAUAAAGAGUAAGAGUAUAUACUUAACACAUUCGAGGUCAGUGAGUAUACAGUAUUUCGCAGGAUGAUACAGAAACUUUAUAAAAUAUGAAAAUGCUUUGGUACAACAAAGUAAAAUAAAUUCUCGAAUCUUAUUGAAUCUUAUUUCUCGUGUAUUUUUUUUCAUUUGAACAAAAAUGUUUAUUUCCAAUGUAAAGCAAAAUAAAUAACGUAACGCAAAGAUAAUAAAAUGAAAAAUUCUUUUCUGUCAUUGUUUACAUUGGUAUUUUAUAACUUUAUAAGAGUGUUAUAUUAUUAUUAUAUUAUUUUUAAUUAAUUUAGUGAGUUUUACAUUAUAAAAUCCGUUAAAUAAUAAGAAAGUACAAAGUUAUAUUAAGUACAAAUAAUGACAUUUAAUAGAUUAAAAUUCACCCUUUGCCUUAUAACAUCGAAUUACGUUCGAUAUAUUAUUAUCGAUCAAUUUCAAUAAAUAGAAAUUAACCUCUUCGAUACGAUCAUCGAAUAACAACACGCACGAUCGAUCGUCGACUUUCAGUAUUCGAUAUACGCGGCAAGCGAAUGGAUCGAAGAGAUUAAAUUAAAGAAAUUAUAUUUGUAGCGAUGAUACGAACCAAAGUAAAAAACCAAAUGAUGGUCAAGAUCCUUUAUCAAUUUAUCCUAAAAUCCUGACCUCGAAUUGGUUAAUAUCCAAAGUGAGAGAAAAGACUGCGAGACGAGUUAGAAAAAAAAAAACAAAAAAAAAAAGAAAACAAAGAAAAAAAAGUAUAUAUACACACACACAUAUAAUCUACGAUGUAUUGCAACCAAGUUGAGACAUCUAGUGUACUCGUAAAAGUGGGCGUGGUUUCAGAUGUUUACGUCCGUAGCGUGAGAAGUGACCUUAAACGAUGAAAACAUUUAGGAAGCACGACGACUUAAAAAUCGAAAAUUGCGUCCAGAUUCGAACGCUAUUGUACAUCUUGACAUUUUAUUCGACGUUAUCCUCGGUAGUCUCGAAUUAAUUGCAUUUACGCAAUGUAUAUUACGUGCCGCUUUUCUCUCGUGAAACGAAAUAAAUGAUCGAAAUACGAAGUCGUACACAGGUUAAUAAUAACUUAACCUAUAAUUAGUGGAGGCAGCUUGAAAUCUUUUUCUCGACGUCCCUGUUUUAUCGAUCCGGGAUGUCCAGUGUCCAGUGACUGAUAGCGCUGAUACUUACUAUUAAGAUAGUUCAUAAUUUUAAUAUGCUAUAUUCCAUUUUAUAAUACCUUGGGUAUUUAAUUACAUAUUGCUAGCUUUAGACGGCGAGAUUUUCGAAAACGACCCGAUACUACGGUACACGGUCGACGUUUACGUUUCGUGUGUCGAUUGAUCGGUAAUUGCAUUAUCGAUAAAGUAGUGUAAAUGAAAUGGUUUGAUUCUCGAAUAGAAUAUCCAACUUUUAUAACGUUAUAUAUUGAGAAUAAUAUUAAUUAAACUACGAUAAAUAAGAGUUGGUACAUUUUGAUCAUAGAAUGAAAUAAAAGCGUUGUAUAUCGAUUUUUUAAAUCGACCAUUUCAUAUGCGACAAUCUAAUGAUGAUCACGCGAAUAGUAGAGCACGGUAAAAAAAAAAAGAAAGACGUCUUUUUUUUUUCACGAACAGCAAGAUUUUCUAUGUGUAUUCAUAUAGGCAGGUCGUUUUCGAAACGUCUUCAAGAAGAGAUUGCCACGCUCGGGCGCUAUCAUUCUGUGAUCCAAUGAAAAAAUUAAUUAAUUAAUUAAUUAAUUAAUUAAAUCUCAUACCGAGAAAAAGUGAAUAAUGUUCUUUCGAGGAAUCUUACUCUGUAUAUAUAUAUUAUAUUAUUAUAUAUCUCUACCUUUUUUAAAUUGGGACACCGUGUAUUUAUUAAGAGGAGAAAACUAGAAGAAAAAAAAGGGAGGAGAGGAAAAUAAGAAGAAAAAAAAAAAAAAAAAAAAAAA